AGUGGACGGAGGUGGUUGGAAUCAUCCAUCGGUCGGUAGAUGGUUAGUCGUUCACCUUCAUGGGCCCAACACACGCCACUUUCAUCCCCAAUCUGGUCCAAGCGAGGUGAAGAGCCAAGUUUGCAGGAGUUUGGGGGCCAAUCCAACCGACUUGGGCAGUGCUUUUUGAGUCUCACAUGUGUAUGCGUGUGUGUACUUGGGCAUGAGAGCGAGAGAGAGAGAAAGAGAGAGAAAGAGACUCACACCCUACUGAGACAGAGAGAGUUGGCCAAACCCACCUGCCCAGGAAUUUCCCCUCAAGGUGUUACGGUCUCCACUUGUUGUAUGCCUUAGGAACGACCAACCAACGACCUAAACCAUCGGCACUUGGUAAACCGUCUUUGUCGACAAAGCGACCCCUGUGAAUGGGGAAUGAGAGGAGAACAGAGUCUACUAGAGACACAGUGAGUGUGUCUUCGACUGAGUGAAUUGAGGCCCAACCUCCCAAGAACCAGAAGCAUCUUUUGGGGUUGUGUUGAGCAAGUGCGGUGUUUUCGUGUUUCCGUGGAGGGAUGGGGAAUGUGAGUUGAUCCAGAGAUCGAUUGUGGGUGAUCAAUUCCAACCGAAUUCGUCAUCAUGCCAUCCAGGAAACACUCCCGGAGUGGAUUUGAUUACGCCACUCCGGCCGUUUAUUAUCCGACGGCUCCCAGUUCUCAGUACCCUCCAACGGGUGGUUAUCCUAUCUAUGGGUACAAUGCUGCCAGUGGAUACCCACACUACGGCUAUGGAGGUCCGUACAAUAGCGCCUAUGGAGCUGAAGGUUACCAUCAUUACAUGAGGUCCUAUGAUCCCAAUUACGACGCCUACUUCCCAGAAGGUCCCACUGUUGAAGACAAAUGGAGGAACACAUAUCCGUAUGUGCCAACAUCGUACACUCACACAUCCUCAGAGGGUCGAAACACAGGCUCGCGUCGCCGACAGGGAAACCAGGAAUCCGGACACAGCUUACCCCGUGAAGCAGGAUCUCGGCCCACAAGCAAUCUCAAAUUUGCCGCCGACGAGCUCGAGGAACAGACUGACGAGGAUCGAGAUCAUUGGGGAUCCCAAUGGGAGUUUAUUUUCUCGUGUAUUGGCUUGUCGGUGGGGAUUGGAAAUGUCUGGCGGUUCCCGUACCUGGCCUUUGUCAAUGGAGGAGCGGCCUUCCUCUUGCCAUACUUUAUCCUGCUCCUUAUCGUUGGAAAACCUAUGUACUUUAUGGAGGUGGCCUUGGGACAGUUUUCUCAAUUGGGACCAUUUUCGGUCUGGCGGAUGACCCCGAUCGCUCGAGGGGUCGGUUUCGCCAUGUGCACCCUCUCCUUGAUAGUAGCCAUUUACUACAAUGUGGUCAUGGGUUAUUGUCUCCAUUACAUGUACUUCUCUUUCUCAUGGACAUUACCCUGGGACACAUGUGAUAAAGACUGGGCUGACAAAGCCACAUGUUAUAUUCCCACGGAUGCGAAUUCUUCAUGCUCUGCUUCCAACUCGGACCAGCGCUGCCAGCCAGCCUCUGAACAGUAUUGGGAGAGGUUUGUCCUUGGCCUUCAUAAUGCUCCACUGAUGACAUAUACUGAAUCUUAUAACUCGACCUCGGACGAGCUCGUGGAUCGAACCUAUGCCUUGUCCGAAUUCGGGAACAUCGGAAUCAUCAAAUGGGACUUGUUAUUGGCUUUGUUCAUUUCAUGGACAGUUGUAUUUCUAUGCCUGUCCAAAGGAAUAAAGUCCAGUGGCAAAGUCGUCUAUUUCACCGCCACGUUUCCGUACUUGAUUCUGCUCAUCUUGCUCGUCCGUGGACUGAUGUUGGAGGGAGCAUUGGAAGGGAUCAAAUUUUUCUUUAUUCCGGAUUGGAAGAAACUUUUGGAUAUUUCGGUGUGGCGAUUGGCUGCUGAGCAAAUGUUCUUUUCGCUCUCCGUAUCUUGGGGUGGUCUGAUCAUGUUCGGAUCUUAUAACAAAUUCCGCACCAAGGUUCACUAUCACGCAUUCAUCAUCAGUUCAUUGGAUUUUGUGACCAGCAUAAUCGCCAGUAUCGUCAUCUUCUCCAUCCUUGGGGCCCUCAAGGUCAAAUUGGGUUUGGAUGACAUUCAGGAUGUGGUCAAGCAAAAGCAAGGGCUGGCCUUUGUUGUUUACCCACAAGCAGUGUCUCUCAUGCCUAUUCCCCAACUUUGGGCUGUCUUGUUCUUCUUCAUGCUCUUUACCUUGGGCUUGGAUUCGGAAUUUGCCCUUUUGGAAACAAUUCUCACGGCCAUCUACGACACGUUCCCGAUAACUCGUCGGCAUAAAGCCAAAACAUGUUUAAUUGCUUGUAUAGCCAGCUUUUUGCUCAGUAUACCUUGCGUAUCAUUGUCGGGACAGUUUAUAUUUGACCUAAUGGACACUUACGGCGGAGGGUUAGGAGUACUUUGGGUAGCCAUUUUCGAAACCAUCGCCAUUAUGUGGAUCUAUGGAGUCCAACGCUUCUCUGAGGACCUUCAGUUCAUGUUAAAUAUCAAGAUAUCGAUUUUGAUCAAGAUUUGCUGGGCCAUCACCCCGUUGAUCCUGGCCGGAAUAUUUGCCAUUGCUUGUUGGCAUUGGACACCUCCAACAUUCCAAUAUCAAGCCGGAGUUCUUCACUAUUCGGAUUGGGCCCAUGGAGUGGGCUGGUUCCUAACGUUGAUUGUGGCCCUGCAAAUUCCCAUUGUGGCUCUGAUUAUGACUAUAAUGUAUGCUACCCGAGGCAAAACGAAGGAACUGGUGCGACCGAUCAAUGUUUGGGGUCCCGGCGAUCUGAGUGAAAUCGACGAAUGGCACGCUUUUCAAUACAAGAAAUCGUUCCAGUGCAAGCAACAUCCGCAAGGAAUGGGCGGUCCCUAUGACAAUUAUGGAAUGCAAUAUCCCUAUCCGUACACCUACAAUUAUGGCGGAGGGAACUAUCAUAUGUAGAUACUUCGUUUCAGAACCAAUCAAAAAUGUGCAAAAAUGUAUGUCGGAAAAUAGACGAACAAAAAUGUAGUUCAUGUUUCCAUCAAUACUAAUUCAGUUCCCAGACAAACCAAUUCCGAGCGAGUGCAAUCAACCAGAGUGUUGAUCUCACGCCAAUGGAUUGUAUGUUUCGACAUUUAGUUUCAAGUUAUCCUCCAUUCUCCUACCUGCAUACAGGCAUUUUGCCCUCAUAAUGAUGUUAUUGUACAAAAAGAUCCAGUCCACGAAGAACGUUGUACCCAAAGCUGUGCAUUGACUCUUGUCGUUUCCUUG